UAAUUUAAUUAUAAAAUGAGGAGAACUUACAGGUCGAAAAAAGAAACCGGAGGCUGCUUAGAUCCUCGAGAUGUUAUAUUAGCAAUGGAUUCUAAGAGCUCUGUAUUUGAUGCCUUUUACAUCAAUAAUAUUAAGCAAACCAAGCGAGAUUUAUCCAUAGGUCCGUCAGUACAAUUUGCACCAUCAAAUAGAGUUCGUAAAAGAAAAUAUGUGAAGAGGCUUAAAGAACAAGAACCUGUAAUAAGGGAAUCAAGUUCAACAUCUGCUUUUCUAACGCCGGAUAAAUCUUUUCGUGUUAAUAAGGCGCCAGAUUUGUUUGAUCAAUUGUUAAACUCAACGAUUGAAGGACUGAACGUGGAACCGAUAAAAAAUAUUUCUAGUAAGAGUAUACCGAAAGGAAAAACAUAUUACAAACACAAGUCAUUAAAAAAGAAAAAAAUUAAUUACUCAAGUGGUGACAGUACAGACGCAGAAAAAGAAAACUCCACGAGUAGCAUAGAAAAUAACUCAACACAAAACUCUUCGGAUGUUCUAAGUCAUAAAUUAUUGAUUGAAAAGGAGUAUGAAAAAAGUCCGCUACAUGAUGAAUCUUUAGCAAACAUAGUUAAUAAUCUAUCAUUGUUUAAAGAAUCCAAAGAUAAUAUCUCCACAAGUCCAAGAGGUCUAUCUACAAAGCCCAGACGUUCUUGUCUACUUGAGAUUGCUCAGAAUUCUCCUUUAUGUAGUACACCAUUUCUUGAGAAAUAUAGAGGCAAAUCUAUUUAUAAUUUUUCACCUAUAUCUAUUAAUCUAAAUGAUAGCCCUAAUAGUCUAAAUACAACUGAAGAACAUCUAGAAAAAAAUAAAAAAGAUAGUAGUGUUAUUCUUGUUAAAGAUGAAAUAGUACCUGAAUUUGAAAAAGUUAAAAUAAAACAUCUUUCCUUAAAUGAAACCAAACAAGAAUCUAUUAAUGAUAAUAAUGGAUCUUGUGGAGUACAUUCUUCAAUUCCAUCUGAAAUAAUUUCAUUGAAUACUUCUAAAACAUGUCAUAAUGUAAUAGCUGAGCAAAAUUCUUUACUUCAAACAACAGAAUUAGAACCAUUUUUGGGAUUUUCAAACAGUGAAUAUCCUAACAGUAUGAAACUAAAAUUGAUUUCAAACAAAUGUAAUCAAUUAGAAAUGGAUAUAACAACUAUAAAUCUAUCUACUGAACAAGCAAACGAUUCUAGCUCAAGUUUAAAUGACACUAAAAUGGAAGUUGUUAGUGUUAGAGAAACUAAAAACAAUUCAAGCACUGAACAAAUUAGCCAUACAAGUUUCAGUUUCGAAAGUGACGAAAAUGAGUCUCUUUACGAUACAUGUAAUGGUGAAGACUUUGAUGAUGAUGAAAUGACAGAUAAUAAACAAGCAAUAGUCAUUAUUGAAAGACUGAAUGAUUCCAUUUUUAAGAAAUAUUAUGAUAUAAUGCCCAAUUAUUCUGAUCAUAGUUCAAAUCAAACAGAUACUAGUCAGUCUGAUGAGCCUCUUAGUGAUGAAUAUACUAGUCUAAGUGAAAAUAAAUCGCCUAACAAUACUGACUGUUCAAAUAAUGAAAUAGAUAAGCAAGACUUAAAUAGCGACAAUAGUUCUGAUAUUAAUAAUCCUGAAGAGGAAGUUUAUAUGAGUUUUGUAACAACAAGGAGACGUAAUGGAGUAACAAAUGAUUCUUUUAUAUUUAGCUUAGAUAAUUCUAUCACAAGUGGCAGUAGUGGAGAUGUAGAUAAGACUGUACUUAAUAAUGAUAAUAUUAUUGAAUAUAUUCAAGAUAAUGAUGUAACUCUAAUAGAUAAUUUGCCAGGAGAAACCAGUACAGAAUUUCAGAAUAUUUCUAGCACUAAUUCAGCUACAGUGGAAGGAGUAGAUAUUAAUGUAAAGCGUACUGAAACAGAAUUAAUUCCCUCACCAAAGAUUCAAAAUAAUUGUAUAUCAAUAAGAAACAGCAGUAUUAAUAGGCCAUCUUUUAAGCCAAGGAAUAGUUCUAUAUCACCAACCAUUAAAACGAAGGUAUUGCCAACAAGAAAUAUAAAUAUUGAUUCUGGUGUAAUCAAUAAAAAAAUUAUGACAAGAAGUAGUUUAAGGAAUAAGGAAAGUUUUGAUGUAGGAAAAUCCUCUCUGACCCCUGAAACAUUAUCCCCUAAGAAUAGUGCAAAAUCAAGGGACUUCACAUUAAGUAAUGUAACCAUGAGUGAUGCGAAACAAGGAAUAGUCCUACAACCAGGAAAACGAUGGGAGAGAUCCUUAAGUAUAUAUAGAAGAAUGACUACAAUGGCUGAUCAUUUUGACCUUUCAAUACUGGAUGAUGAACCUUUGAAUACUAAAGGUAGGAAAUAUCGUCAAAGUGUCAUCAGUACUAUGGAAAUGCAAGAUCUUAAAGGUUCACUACACAAUGAAUCAAUUAAUAGUCGCAGAAGCACAUUUGUGUCUAAACCCAGCAGAUCUACUAUCAGGAUUGUAAGAGAUUCCGAUACUUCCAGAGCUAGCCUAUGUUCGAACUCAAUUUUUGAAGAAUCACAAGGAUUUUUGACCGAAGACUGUGAUGAUACGAUUGUUGAAUUAUCAAAACUCUCGAUUGCCGACUCUGAACACGAGGUCACGGUAUUAGAAAAAAUUCAUGAUACGUCGAAUCGUUUUGCGACCGCGCGCGAUUACGUCUUGCGACGCUGCAAUCAAACAGACGUUAUACUGUUUGAUGAAUGCUAUCCAGAUACAGUCCUGAAGAAUUGCCGCAAGAUCGGCGAGGGUGUAUAUGGGGAGGUAUUCCUGUGGCGAGCUGGAGAUGGCAGAGCUCGUGUUCUAAAAAUUGUUCCUAUAGCUGGCAACAUCAAAGUCAAUGGAGAAAAUCAGAAGAACUACCACGAAAUUAUAUCUGAGAUUGUGAUUGCUAUGGAAUUGAGUGGACUGCGUGCGCCUAUAGCAGAUAUUGAAAAACAUUUUAAUGAGGGGAAGAGUGUUGAAACUUUGGAUUUACAUUCUGUAGAGAAUGCUACAGAUGUCUUUAAUGAGGUUUUAGCAGUCCGCUGUGUUUACGGUAGCUAUCCAUCCCGUCUUCUCGACCUUUGGGAUCUGUAUGACGAGUGCAAGGGGUCAGAGAACGACAACCCAGCCAUCUUGCCGGUUGACCAACAAUAUAUUGUACUAGAGUUGGCCAACGCAGGUCAAGACUUGGAGAGCUAUCAGUUCAACAACGCUGAGCAGGCAUAUGCACUAUUUAAGCAGGUCGCAUUCGGUCUAGCGGUUGCCGAGGAGGCUUAUCAAUUCGAACAUCGCGAUCUGCACUGGGGUAACGUGCUCAUAUCACCUACUGAUCAGAAGUACGCGACGUUCGUGAUCCGCGGGCGCGCGUACCGCGUGGCGCGCCGCGGCGUGUCGGCCGCCGUCAUCGACUACUCGCUGUCGCGCGCCGCGCUGCGGCUGCCGGCCGGCGAGCGCGCCACGCUCUACAACGACCUGGCCGCGGACGACGGGCUCUUCGACGCCGUGGGCGAUUACCAGUUCGAGGUCUACCGCCUCAUGAGGGAGAAGCUCGGUAACGAUUGGAAGAACUUCGAACCAUAUACAAACAUCCUCUGGCUGCAUUACACUGUGGAUAAAAUGAUAACGGCCCUUCGUUACACGAGGACUAACACUAAGAUACAUAAACAUUACAUUGCUAAGCUGAAGGAAAUAAAGAAUCGAAUCUUGGGCUACCGCAGUGCGGUCCAAUACGUUCUCACCGACAACGAAUUGUAAAACGAAUUAUAUUAUGCUAGAUGAACAAAAUUAACCACAUUUGUAAUUUAAAUGUAUAUUUCAUGUUUAAUAAUUCAAAAUGGGUGACAUUACACUAAGCACUAUUUGCGAUUGUUAUAAAAAUAUUCCUGACAUAAAGAAUUGCAUUAUUAUUAAUGUAUAUAGAAAUAUUUGCUUUGAUAAAUUUGUUGAUGUAGUUGACAUUAAAGGGGUUAUUUACGAGAUUGUUAUCGCAUUCAUACAGUUACAGCAGAGAGGGGCCUUCUUAGAUAAGGUAGUGCCUUUCAAACAUAAAUACAUAUACUAUAUACUA